GCCGUCUGGUAGCAAUUUUCGCUGAGGGCGUUGCGAGGCGACGUAGACGAAUAAGGACGGCAAUACACGUCAAGUCGACGCCGCAAGAUUUUAAUAAAUGCCAGGAAAUUGAAGAAGAACUGUUCGGCUCAAGUUUUGUGAAGAGAUCGCAGUUUAAUCAUCACUGACAAUCGAAAUAUAGGUGACUGAUUAGAUAAAGAGCUGCAAGCGAAAAAAAUCGGUGUAACCGGUUUAUAACCGGUAAGAAAAUAUUUUUUCUAUGUAUUUUGUCUCUAUAGUUGAUAAGGGUAGAUAUGGUUAAAACUGUUUAACUACAGACUGUAAACAAGAUAACUACAAUUGCAACAAGAGAGGAUCGUUCUUAAUAUUUUUUGUGUAGACUGUUUAAAUUGACCGGUAACCGACUUCUAAGGUUCGUUCAUGAGAUAAGAUAUUUCACUACGUACAGGCUAAUGAUGGCGAACGUUCAAGAAGAAGAGUGUAAAAAUCCUCUUGUAGAGCCUAUACCAGUUAUCGGGCAUCCCCCACCAAUAUACGACGAAGAUAAAGUUUCUGUUCAAUCGAUCGCCUAUUGCCGUAUAUGUUUUUCAGGCGAUGAACCAAAUGAUGUACUUAUAUCGCCUUGCCGAUGUUCCGGCUCAAUGGGAUACAUUCACAGAUCUUGCCUGACAAGAUGGUUGGAACAAAAGAAAGGCUCAAGGGGCAGUGCAAAAUGUGAACUCUGUCGGUUUGUGUUCCACAGGCAUAAAAAAUUUAAGGUAAAAUCCUGCCGGAUGCCACCCGUCUCUCGUCGGGAUAAGAUUCUUCACACCGUCUUCGUUAUAAACCUUCUCAUUAUGAUUGGCUGUGCAGUUGCAACGAUCUUGUGUUUCCUGGCUGAUAGGGAAAGAGUUCCACCAAAACGACGGCAGGAUAAAUCGAAAUUGACUCGCGAGGAGAUUAUAACAUUAACUUGCGGGGUACUCUUCUUCGUCUCUUUUUUUGUUGCCAUGGCCGUUCAGAUUAAAGCGAAGAAUACGAUCUAUCAAUUAUUUGUUAAAUUUAUCGUCCACAAUAUGGAAUGGCAAAUCGACGAGUAUGAUAAAAGUAAGGAUCGGACAUACCCGCCACAGUUCGUCUAA